AUUGAACUGAAACAGAAAUUCGAGGCAAGAUAAUGAGAGAACAACUAUCGGGAUAUAUUCCAACAUUACAUUGGACCUUCCAGUCCUUUAGUUUUUAUUUACAUUUACUCGUAUUUCAAGGUGUCCUAUAACAAAUAAGAUGGCUAUGUCCGCCAGUGCCCGACUCAGUAAGACUGUCAAACAACAGUACAUGGAACUCCCUCAGGGAGACAAAGUACAAGCCAUGUAUGUCUGGAUUGAUGGAACCGGAGAGGGACUCCGCUGCAAGACAAGAACACUGGAUUCGGAGCCCAAGAGCAUCGAUGAAUUGCCAGAAUGGAAUUUCGAUGGCUCCAGCACCUUCCAGUCUGAGGGCUCAAAUAGUGAUAUGUAUUUGAUUCCCUCUGCAAUGUUUCGAGAUCCCUUCCGCAAAGACCCCAACAAACUGGUCCUGUGUGAAGUGUUGAAGUAUAACCGCAAACCUGCAGAAACCAACCUUCGUUUGACGUGUAAAAAAGUGAUGGACAUGGUUGAGGACCAGAUCCCUUGGUUUGGCAUGGAGCAGGAGUACACCAUCCUGGGUACUGAUGGACACCCGUUCGGCUGGCCCAGCAACGGCUUCCCUGGCCCACAAGGUCCCUAUUACUGUGGAGUGGGAGCUGACAAGGCCUAUGGUAGAGACAUUGUGGAAGCCCACUAUAGAGCGUGCUUGUAUGCUGGGGUCAUGAUCUGUGGCACCAAUGCUGAAGUUAUGCCUGCUCAGUGGGAGUUCCAGGUGGGGCCGUGUGAAGGCAUCAACAUGGGGGACCACCUCUGGGUGGCCCGGUUCAUCCUCCACCGGGUGUGCGAGGACUUCGGCGUGGUGGCCUCCUUCGACCCAAAGCCCAUUCCUGGGAACUGGAACGGCGCCGGGUGCCACACCAACUUCAGCACGAAAGAGAUGAGGGAAGAGGGCGGGCUGAAGGCAAUCGAGGAGUCCAUCGAAAGGUUGGCGAAGAGACAUAGCUACCACAUCCGCGCAUACGACCCUAAAGGGGGACUCGACAACGCCCGUCGCCUCACGGGCCACCACGAAACCUCCAACAUCCACGAGUUCUCAGCGGGUGUGGCCAACCGCGGAGCCAGCAUCCGCAUUCCUCGGAGCGUGGGCCAGGAGAAGAAGGGGUACUUCGAGGACCGCCGCCCAUCAGCCAACUGCGAUCCGUACGCCGUGACGGAGGCCAUGAUCCGCACCUGUUUGCUCAGCGAAGAGGGAGAUGAACCAGUGGACUAUUAGGUCUAACUAGAUCCACUGCUCUCUGGACUGAAUUCCUUUCCAUUUCUACCCCUCUCUCCUUUUUUUAUUUUAUUUUAAAAAAUUGACUGAGAAGUCAAAGCUAGUACUAUGUUUGUCCUGUUUUAUUUUCCACUGAAAUGAUUCUAACCUUGCCUUUUUAAAUAGCUUGAAGUUGGCUGGUCAAUGUAACAUGGGGAUUACAGCCAGUGUUAACAUGUAUGAAAUGUUUAAAAAGAAAUUCUAUUGUCUGACAGGGUAUUUUCUUUCCACUCACAUCUGAGUGUUUCCUAGUAAGGAGAAUUUGUAACAAAGUUUUUAUUUGUUGUCGCUUUCCCUGCCAUCUGUCUAAUUGAAAUAAUCUAAGGCACAUGGACACUGAUCCAGGGCUGCUGUGACUGGGUGGCACAUGUAACUUUCUUAAACCUGUGUCUAGUUUGUGUAAUGUAUGUUGACCUGCCUUUUGAACUAUGUACUGUUAUUUCAUUUUUACUAAUGAUAAAUAGGAAAUGUGGUUUAAGUGUCAGCAUUGUCUCUUCAGAUUUACACACAACUGGAUAUGGUACACUAGAUGUCUGGCUCUAAAUACUGUUGUGUUAUACAUUUUGUUCUGUUUGUAUUUCCAUUUGUAGAGUUCCUAUAAGACUCAUGAAGGAGUUUUAUCCUUUCUGUCAAUUGAUAUGUUGUUAUGACACCUGAUUUGGUAAAACCUAGUGUUUUAUUGAAACAUUUAAACUUUAUUUUUACCACAA